CCACAGGGUGGUGACCUUUUUGAUGCCAUUGCCAGUGCUACUCGCUAUACAGAACAAGAUGCCAGUUCUAUGGUGGCAGAACGAAACAAUGGAGGAAAGAGUCUUAAACUGGGAGACUUCGGUCUAGCUGUAGAAGUGACUGAGCCAUUAUUUACUGUGUGUGGUACACCUACAUAUGUUGCUCCAGAAAUCCUAAAUGAAUCAGGUUAUGGGUUGAAGGUUGAUAUCUGGGCAACUGGAGUUAUUACAUAUAUCCUCCUGUGUGGGUUUCCCCCAUUUGUCUCAGCUACAAACAACCAAGAAGAACUUUUUGACCAAAUAUUACAUGGGCAUUAUGAAUUUCAUAGUCCAUACUGGGAUGACAUAUCGGAUUCUGCACGUGAAUUAAUAGUCCAUAUGAUUGAGGUAGACAAAGAGAAGCGCUUCAGUGCAAGAGAGGUCCUUGGGCAUCCCUGGGUUUCGGAUGAGGCUUUUGAUGGAAACGUUGAGUUGCGUGUUUCCCACCAGUUGGGUCUCCACUUUGACACAAAUGUCCCCCAGCACAAAUCAGCAGGAAUCACUCUUAUGGCUGCGGAGUCCACCCCCUGCUUGCACACAGUAGAGGUGCUAUAAUAGCUGGCAAGCAGGUAGCAGAGGGCAACUUGAGGACAAGAAAGCAAGAUAAUACUUAUAGAUUCUGAGCCUACUAUCUACACAGCCCACAGCAACAACAGGCUGACCAUUACCACCAUACAAGAAUCAUUCACAAAAUGCAAUAGGAACCUAAAAUUACUUUGAAGGACUACAGAAUUUUUUAAGAAAACAUUAUUAUUUAAAUAUAUAUAAAAGAAAGAGUUGCUAGACUAAAUAAUAAGCUGCUUAUUUACUGAGUUUGUUAAAUAAAUUUUCAGCUUUUUUUUUUUCCAACAUAUCUUAUGUUAUGACCCAGAGAAGUUAAUUAUAUUUAAAUUUAUAUCCUACUAGUCAUUAUCAAGUGACAAUAAAUUUGGUUCACUU